AUGGCGUCGCUAAGUUCUGUGACGCAGGAUUUGGCUGAGAAGCUGCACAUAUCGGCGGACAAGCAGGAGGACCACGAGCAGCCGACCGCCGGGGUGGAAUCGUACCACGUCCUCAACGAGCGGGCCAUACACAUCCACGACUUGACCAAGCACACUCUGCGCCAGGCCUGGCUGUUGCUCGUCCAUUCGGUACCGUACAAAUUCGACGCGUACCUUGAGGAAGGAGCUAUAUUUCCAGACGUCCGGCCGUUUGCAAGGUACACCAACUACUCGUCCAUGCUCUACAUGUUCAAUAACGCGGUGGCACUCGCAUUAUGCGACGUGGUGAAGUAUGAGUGGCCCGCCGCAACGAAGAAACUCUUCGGUAAGGGUACAGGGCGGCCGAAACCCGAGCCAUACGCCGUGGUGAUUAUGGCGCUGGCUGCACUGCCGAAGUACCGUGGCGUGAACGUGUCUAAGCGUUUGUUCGACUAUACCGUGAAGAAGGCGAACGAGGCACGGAUUUUCAAACUGUUCGCGCUGACGGACGAGCAGGGUGCGGCACUCUACGCCAAGAUGGGAUUCACCCCGUGCGACGACUCACCGGUUAAGCUUGGCGACCUCAAGGUCACCGACGAGUCCUCGAACCCAUGCAGCUUUACGGUUAUGCAGUACACCAACAUGGGCGCAAAUUAA